UAUAUUCUUUCUCUUUCUCUCUCUAUUACAAGAAGCGAAAGAGAAACACUUUCCGACUCGCUUUGUUUCUGUCGUGAGAAAAAAAAAAAAGGAUUUAGAAAUUUCAAUGGGUUGUUGCCAAUCCUUGUGUUCGGAUGAACACCAGCCGCUCGGGAAAGACGGAGCUCAGCCGCCGCAAGUGACUCAAAACCACCGCGGCGGCGCUACGACGGCUGACAACGGCGGAAUCGGAGGCGGCGGUGUAGCUGGAGGAGGAGGAGGAGGAGGAGGAAUCCCAUCUUUCUCAGAGUUCUCUUUCUCCGACCUCAAAGCAGCUACAAACAACUUCAGCUCCGACAACAUCGUGUCGGAAAGCGGCGAGAAAGCCCCAAAUCUCGUCUACAAAGGCCGGCUUCAGAACCGCCGUUGGAUCGCCGUCAAGAAGUUCACCAAGAUGGCUUGGCCUGAUCCUAAACAAUUCGCGGAAGAAGCAUGGGGUGUUGGGAAAUUCAGACAUAACCGGUUAGCGAAUCUGAUUGGUUACUGUUGCGAUGGAGACGAGAGGCUUCUCGUUGCUGAGUUCAUGCCUAACGAUACACUCGCUAAGCAUUUGUUCCAUUGGGAGAAUCAGACGAUUGAGUGGGCUAUGAGGUUGCGAGUAGGAUAUUACAUAGCCGAAGCUUUGGAUUAUUGUAGCACAGAGGGUCGUCCUUUGUACCAUGAUUUAAAUGCUUACAGGGUUCUCUUUGAUGAGGAUGGUGAUCCUCGUCUCUCGUGUUUCGGUUUAAUGAAGAACAGUCGUGAUGGUAAAAGCUAUAGCACAAACCUUGCAUAUACACCACCGGAAUACCUAAGAAAUGGAAGAGUGACACCUGAAAGUGUUACUUACAGCUUUGGAACUGUGCUCCUUGAUUUGCUUAGUGGUAAACACAUCCCUCCAAGCCAUGCUCUGGAUAUGAUACGAGGCAAGAAUAUUAUUCUGUUGAUGGAUUCACACCUGGAGGGGAAGUUCUCAACAGAAGAAGCUACCGUAGUUGUAGAACUGGCGUCUCAAUGCUUGCAGUAUGAGCCUCGAGAGAGACCCAAUACCAAAGAUCUUGUGGCAACACUUGCACCAUUGCAGACUAAAUCAGACGUUCCUUCUUAUGUAAUGCUCGGAAUAAAGAAGCACGAGGAGGCACCUUCGACGCCUCAGAGGCCACUUUCGCCGUUAGGUGAGGCUUGCUCGAGAAUGGAUCUCACAGCUAUUCAUCAGAUCUUGGUCAUGACACACUACAGAGACGAUGAAGGGACAAACGAGUUAUCUUUCCAAGAAUGGACUCAACAGAUGAAAGAUAUGCUUGACGCACGCAAACGUGGUGAUCAAGCUUUUCGCGAGAAAGAUUUCAAAACCGCCAUAGACUGUUACUCACAGUUUAUCGAUGUUGGAACAAUGGUGUCACCAACUGUGUUUGGUCGGAGAAGUCUAUGCUACUUACUGUGCGAUCAACCAGACGCAGCACUACGCGACGCGAUGCAAGCGCAAUGCGUGUAUCCUGACUGGCCAACGGCUUUCUACAUGCAGUCUGUGGCGUUAGCGAAGCUGAACAUGAACACCGACGCAGCAGAUAUGUUGAACGAAGCUUCUCAGCUCGAAGAGAAGAGACAACGAGGAGGCGGCAAAUGAUCCUUUUGGAUUCUUGAUACACAAUGUGUGUUUACAUCAUCUUGUGAGCUUCAAAAGAUUCUUUUUAAAGAAGAAACAAAUGGUUAAAAGAACCUGUCGAUGUGAUUGUUCAUUGGGGGUGUAAUGUAGUAACCAUAGAGGGAGACAAAAAGAAAAUCAAUGUUUGUUUGUAAUGCAUGUAACUAUAUGCAUGGUCUCUAUUUUUAAGCUUUGUUUUUUUAUAUA